AAAGUGGUGGGGUAGCAAAAUUGACAAGGACAUGAUUCCUCAACAGCGUAGAAUAAAUAGAUAGACUUAUCUACAAGGUUACAAGCUGCGUUUUUUAGAACCACCCGGUUUCUGUAAUUCUGUGAUUCUAAUAAGAAACGCCUUGUUUGUUCAUCUUCUCCUCAAAUCUGACAAGAAUGCCGACGUUGAAUCUGUUUACCAACUUGCCGGUGGACGGAGUUGUGGCCUCUGACAUCCUCAAGGACGCCACCAAAGCCGUUUCUAAGAUCAUUGGCAAACCCGAGUCCUAUGUGAUGAUUUUGCUCAACGGGUCUGUGCCAAUUGCAUUUGCUGGCACGGAAGAGCCUGCUGCGUAUGGAGAAUUGAUCUCCAUUGGGGGCAUUGGACCAGGUGUUAACGGAAAACUGAGUUCAACCAUUGCAGAAAUUCUUGAAACUAAGCUCUCCAUUGAUAGCUCCCGCUUCUAUAUCAAAUUUUAUGACGUUGAGAGCAAUUUAUCUCCACACCCACGCAUGAUUCCAUUAUUAUUGUGCUUCCCCUUCCCCGAAUCAAAACAAAAGAAGAGAAUAAAUAGUAAUGCCUCCCCCCCUCCCCCUGUACACUAAUGGGGGAGGAGGAGAUGCCAUUUCUCAAAAAGGCCAGUUACAACAUUUCUCCAAGAAGCUUUGUCGUAUCGCAAAACCCCCAGACUACAAGGGGACCGGUUAUGCUACGCCUUUCCACAUACAUAGAUUCGUAUUUGAGUCUGACCUGAUUAGUUGGAGAGUAUUUCAUCUGAUAGUUCGAUUAUAACAAAUAUUAUCUGAUGAUGAUUUAUUACUAAUGUGUUUA